AUGUCCGAAUCUGAUAGGUUGCUUAAUAAUGGUACAACUUCAAGAGAGAAUUCUGAUGCAAGAGCCGAGGGUGAUGCAUUCGAUGCAGUUUCUGAUCGUGAAGCAUACUUCCAAGCCCUGCGUCUAUGGAUUCAGCAAGCACAAAUGUACCAAAACAUUUCAACAUGUUUCCCUUAUUACAUGAUGACGUUCCAAGGCCUUCAAAAUAAUCCUACCAAUAUACCCCUUUUGAACAACAACUACCAGUUUCAGGGGCAUCAAUUCCCAUUUCAAAUACCAAAUCCUAGACCUGCAGCUGAAAAUCAAAAUCCAGCAGAACGUCUUACACCAGCUGAAGCUGUGGAUAUGUUUGAAUUGAUAGACGUUGAGAAGUUUGACUUCUACAAGUUCAGCGAACAUUAUGAUGAUUACAAAUAUGCAAUGGAACUGACAUCCGAAAUUUUAUUUUUGGAAGUUAUAUACAGGAUUUUAGUUUGUAUAUUUGAGGCAUUUUGUUUAUGCGGAAGUGUCGGGCGCACAGGUGGCGCUACACCGGGGAAAGCUUUACUCGGUCUCCGAGUCGUUACCGCAACUGCCGUAAUUCCUGUUGAGGUCUGCCGUAACGUGGCGGCGCUGCGCUCGUGUGAGCCGCAGGAGUGGCCCCGAUUGUCAUUGUGCAUG